AUGAGCAGCCGCCGUUCGUCCAGGACAUUGAAUCUGUUGCAACAAGGCAGUAGUACACUGAGCAGCCGAUCAUCAUCGACUUUGGCGGACGAGAAUGCUGCGUGGAAUUAUCCGUCUGCCAGUGACGUUCCUGUUGGCAAAUUCAAUGGGUAUCUCAUUUGGGAUCGUGAUCCCACCUCGGACACUCUCAAGAUCUUGUAUACCUGUCUCACGGUCUUGGGUCUGCUGUACAUGAUAUUUUCGGCAGCUGUCAUCACAACGCUGUUUCGUGUGGAUACUAGUUGGGACCACACACAUGGCUUGGACUUCCAGAAUAAAAAUGCACUACUGGGAUUUCCCGAAUUGAUUUCCGCUACCUUGAAUCUUCCCCUCUCCAAGGUGUGGACCAUCCUGUACACUACCCUGGGCAUCUACGGCUUGCUGGUUGUGGCUGACGUUGUGUUGGGCUUCACAAGUUCCAGCAGCAACAACAACAACAAACGCACACAUCCAUGGCCGACGGCCUGGAAGACGGACAAUACCCUGUGCUACCACGACAUGUUUGCAGAACCAACUCGGUUUGGACGACUGUUGAGACGACCUGGCAAUACACUCUCCAAUGGUACCUACUUGUUGGCAUCCUUGUGCGUUCUUUGGUCGAGUCUCUUUCACCGCCAGAGUGUCUUUUGGAUGUCGGACAUCCUCUAUGGAAUCAUGCUGUUUCUGCUCGCUGUCUUUUCCAAUUUGUGGCAUGCAUCCAAUGCUCCCUGGAGCCAAUAUCCUGACCUUUGGUCCAUGGAUAGCUGCAUUUCUUAUCUGAUUAUCCGCUGUGUCUGCUUUGGUGUCAUGUGUCAAUUGCGAAAGGUAUUAUUGUACAAUCAAUCAGAAACGAUUGCUGCUGUGACAUGUUUGCUGAUUUACAUGGUCGUCAUUGCGGCACUCGCCAAGUACAAUUACGGAUUCUUUCAAAAAGGAUGGCUGGAUGGGCAUUGUCCCUUUUCAGCACGAAUGCUGUUGAUGGGAAAGGGAGAUUGGUUUGGUGCUGGGCAGAGGGAUUGUCACGUGGUUUGGGUGUGUGCCUUUGCCACCUUGCCCGUCUUCUAUACGGCCCUUCCCACUUUGAUCAAUGUGAUGUUGGCUACUUCAACAGGAUCGGUGACAGCUGCCAAUUGGGCCUUUCGAUGUUUGGUCAUCGGAUGGACCUAUCGAAUGUGGGAACGAUUUGUGAUGGAUGGUUGCGUCUUGAUGAACUGGUUUCUUGUUGUCCCACAACCCAAAGGCAAUCAUAAUGAUUGCAGCAGCAAACCUAAUGUGCUGCUGACAAUUGGAGCUGCCAUUUGUUCGCCCACAGCAGUCAUGCAUUUCUUCACCGGCCUCACACUCUUGACAGGAUACAUGCAUGCCCGUUCCUGUGAGUGA